CUCACUCGACACUAGCGAACCAUCACCGAAAAAGACACGAUCGAGCGCGCUCAUGGGUGCGAGGCAGCGCGGCGAGAGAGGUGGUAUGCCGACGACCAGGAGGCCGAGGCUGGCGGCGGUGGCGGACGCGGCGUCGUGGUGCCUCGUGCUGUCGGCGCUGGCGGCCCUGCUGAUGGUGUGCUCGCUCGGGGAGGCGGAGGCGGUGACUGUGCGUGGCGCGUCCCUGUCGGCACGGUGGCGGCCGUGCGAGGAGAUCUACGUGGUGGCGGAGGGGGAGACGCUGCACGGCAUCAGCGACCGCUGCGGCGACCCCUACAUCCUGGAGCACAACCCGCACGUCCACGACCCCGACGACGUCUUCCCCGGCCUCGUCCUCAGGAUCACGCCCUUCAGCCCCAGGUCGUCCGUCCCCGCUAGCCCCCCGUAGGUAGAUCAAGAAAGAAGAAGAGUUCGAUUCUUCUGAAGAAUCAUUCCAGUUCGCUCUGAAGAACUCUGAUUUACGAGUAACCUCGCUAGUCUUAGUGGUAGAGGACAGAGUGUCAGAGCUCACUCAUGGAUAUAUGCCUUGUUUCCUUGUAAUUAUUCUCUCUUAUACUUUGUGCGUGGAAAA